GGUAAUUCGAGAAAACAAGGGUAUGAAUAAUCUCAACUAUGAGCUGCCACAUAUCAUCUAUGUCUCAAGAGAGAAGAAUCCAAAGCAUCCACAUAAUUUCAAAGCCGGUGCUAUGAAUGUUCUUACUAGAGUAUCCGGAGUGAUGACAAAUGCACCAUUUAUGUUAAAUUUGGAUUGCGAUCAAUUCGUGAAUAAUCCAAAAGCAAUAUUACAUGCAAUGUGCUUGUUGCUUGGCACUAAACAAGAAAAUGAAUUUGCAUUUGUUCAAUUCCCACAAAAGUUCUAUGAUGCAAAUAAAGACGACACUUUUGGCAACCAACUUGUGGCACUAAUGCACUAUGUUGGACAUGGCAUUGUGGGAAUACAAGGACCAUUUUAUCAAGGGACAGGUUGUUUUCAUAGGAGGAAAGUUAUUUAUGGGGCAUCACCUCAAAGUAAUGAUACUAAUUGUGGUAUGAAAAUCAGUUUUCUUUAUUUUAUAUAUUAUUCCAUCAUAGUCUCAAUCAAUGGAAAAACAGAAAAUAUAGAUUUGCUUAAGACACUAGGAGGUUCUGCAUCAUUUACAAAACGGGCAUAUGAGAUUUUAUUUGGAGGGUCAAAAAGACUACUUUAUAUAUAUAUAGCUCAUUACUUGUAUAUUUUUGGGCAGGUGGGAUGGAUUUAUGGAUCGGCAACAGAAGAUAUUAAUACUGGGCUAACGAUCCAAGCAAGAGGGUGGAAAACAGCUAUGUGUAGCCCAAUAUGGCCAGGCUUUUUGGGCUGCGCACCAACUGGUGGGCCUGAAUCAAUGACCCAAAUGAAAAGAUGGUCCACUGGGCUUCUUCAAAUACUAUUAUCAAAACAUAGCCCAUUUAUUCGUUUUAUUGGACAGAAACUGCAAUUUAGACAGGCUUUAGCUUACACAUGGGUCAUGACUUGGUGCCUGCGCUCAUGGGCCGAACUUACUUAUUCCUUAUUAUCGGCCCAUUGUAUAAUCUCCAACACACAUUUCAUCUUCAAGGUAGGAGAACCAGCCUUCUUUAUUCCUCUAACCAUCUUCUUGGUAUACAACUUAUAUACUCUUUCGGAAUACUUAUGGAUUGGGUUAUCGAUUCGGGCAUGGUGGAAUAACCAAACAAUGUGGCGUAUAUAUCCUCAAACAUCUUUUCUUUUCGGUUUACUCAGUGUUGGACCGAAACUCUUUGGACUUUCUGAAACGGCUUUCGAAGUGACAAAGAAAGAACAAACAUCAAAUGUUGAUGAUCAUAUGAAGAAAAGUAUGAAUCGAUUUACGUUUGACAAUUCGUUGUUAUUUGUGCCUGCCACCGCUGUUUUGUUCAUCCAUCUGACGUCGAUUGCUAUUGGAGUUUUUAGGUUUGGAAUAGUCGGGGUUGAGAAUGAAGGACCCGGGGUGGGAGAGUGGAUUUCUAGCUUGUGGGUAGUAAUGUUCUUUUGGGUGUUUUUUAAGGGUCUUUUUCAAAAGGGAAAAUAUGGGAUUCCUUUGUCGACUAUAUUAAAGUCGGGUGUUUUGUCAUUGUUGUUUGUGAUUUGGAGUGGAAACUUUCUAGGUUAAGGUUAUUAACUUAUUGUAUUUUCAUAUUUGAAAUGUUGUUUGUAAAAUAGUUUUCAUUUUUUACUAUAUCUAAUAAUAAUGGUAAG